CUUGCCUGUACUCUUUCUCGAGACAAUACCUGGCAUAAGUCUGUUCUCGAGGAUUGGUUAGCGAAAGGAGAGCGAUUGCCCAUCAUGCCUGUUUCCAAGCGGGCAAAGAUUGUCCACGAGUCCAAGGUCACCAAGAAAUCCCACAAAGAGCAAACCCGCCGACUCUACGCCAACGUCCAGGAAGCCGUAUCUAAUUAUGACCACCUCUUUGUUUUCUCGGUGGAUAAUAUGCGAAAUACAUACUUAAAAGAUGUGCGAACCGAGUUUUCGGAAGACGGACGACUCUUUUUUGGUAAAACCAAAGUAAUGGCCGUCGCUCUCGGUACUAACCCAGAGACUGCCUUCGCUCCAAACCUCGACAAGCUCUCUCCCUACCUCAACGGGGCUGUCGGUCUCCUCUUCACCUCCCGCUCUCCCAAAUCCGUCCUCGACUACUUCUCGUCAUUUCACCCUAUGGACUUUGCUCGUGCUGGUAAUGUAUCGCCACGCGCAUUUACAAUCCCUUCGGGAAUCGUAUACGCCCAUGCAGGCGAGAUCCCCGAAGAGCACGACCAGCCGAUAAGUCAUACAAUCGAGCCCACUUUGAGAAAAUUAGGGGUGCCCACAAGAUUGGUGAGGGGUAAAGUGACGUUAGAUAUGGAAGGCGGGUACCAAGUGUGCAAGGCUGGAGAGACGCUCGAUUCGCGGCAGACGACGUUGCUGAAGAUGUUUGGAGUCGCGGUUGCGGAGUUUAGAGUUGAGAUGAGAGCCCAUUGGACUAAGGAGACGGGAGAAGUGGAGGUCUUGCAGAAGGAUGAAGGCAUGGAAGUUGACCAUUAAAAAGCAAAAAUCAGGGUGAUCAGCGGGGAUAUUGUCUCGGUUCGUCGCAUCUCGAUUGGAGUUUUGGUUUAAGGAGUUCCCGGCGCCCUUUGUUCGGAUGGGAUUGAUUUGUAUUCAGGACAGGUUGCAGUGGGUCCUUGUGUUGCGUUACAAACUACGAAGUACAUAAAGAGAUACCUUACAGAAAAGUCUUAGCGAAGAGUCUGGGAUAUAAAAUGACUACGAGAUUUUUUUGCGCGGGAUCACAGGGGAUCAAACCGAAGAAUGUUUGGGAAAUGCCAAACAGCCUUACCUUGAUCUUACCUAGGACUCCGACAAAAAAGAAACCUAUUCGCCCGUUCUUUCCAACUCAUCAUAAUAUACAUACUUACCCCCAUACAAACUAAAAUAAGAAAACAAAUAUUCGAAUGGCAAAUAGAGAGAAGCAUAAGCAAGGCAAGCUGGAAAGCCACAGAUGUUUCGCCGUCGACCAAGAAAUAGACAGCCGAUAAUCCAUUUGGGCAAAGGGGGCCCGAAAAGUGAAACGGAUUAUGCGAGUCGGAUCACCAAUGGAUGUUAAUGACAGAACGCUUUAGAAGGACUUUCAAUGGAUAUCCCCCUUUCGGCAUGGGCCAUGACGGAAUGAUGAGCCGUGAACAUCGUUGGUCUUACCCUGAGAGGUACCUGGGAGAGUAGAAGUCGAACGAAGGAAACCAACAAACCCGUGUUGAAGUUGAGAACUCAGUAUCUUAGUAUCUCCGUUUGCUGCGCGGGUCAUCAUAAUCGUCACCGUCGUGGUAUCUCUUCCUGGAGUAAUCAUCGUCACGGCGGCUAUACCUAUCCCUGUCUCGGUCCCGAUCGCGACCUCGAUCCCUGUCACGGUCACGCCUAUCUCGAUCUCGAUCUCUAUCGCGGUCCCUGUGGCUGUCUCUAUCUCGAUCAUAUGCAUCCCUGGGUCUUACCGGUUCACGGUUGCUUCCUGUGACACCGCCAGAUCGGUCAUAUCUGGAGCCGCCUCUAUACGACCUAUCGUCGUAUCCCCCACGUCUAUCAUCGGGACCACCAGCACGAGCGCCGCCAGGGCCCGAGGGAGCGUUGGGUGGAGGCUGACCAGCGCUUAUUCCGUUAGGAGGACCUCCAAAUCCGCUUCUUCCACCUUGAUACCCAAUACCCCCACGUCCACCAUAUCCACGAUCACCCCUGAAUCCACCUCGGAAUCCACCUCUACCUCCGAAACCACCACGGAAACCACCACCUUGGAACCCACCGGGGCCAGAAGGUGCAAAUCCGCCAGGUCCCAUUGGUCGCGAAGGCAUUGCUUUUGUAUAUCCUCGUCCUCCUAGACCGCCUCCGAAUCGUCUCGGUUUCCAGCCUUUAACAGUACGACCUCGUUCAACAUCCACUAAAACGCGCCGGUCCUUUAUGCGAAUA